UAAAAGUUAUUGCGAAAGGUGCACGUGUGUGACUUUAAGAAGUGCAAGAUAAGGUUUCUGUUUUUAGCAGCAGACUCCCAAGAUUAAAAAUAGCGUGCGAGCCCUCAAAUUCCCCCAAGAGACGCUCGAAUUCAUUCGCGCCCCAUUACUGAAGUAAAGCAAGAGAAGAAAAGUAACCCCGCCGUUAUACUGACAAUCAAAUCACGCUGUUACGUCCCAAACUUCUGAGCAAACAAACUUUAGAUUAUUUAAAGCCAUUUUGGCAGCUCCUCAGAGGCAACACGUGUGUCAUGAAAACUCGUUAGCCUCUCAGCACCGGUGACUUCAGUCUCUCACAGAACAGCACUAGGAAGAGAGCAGAAAAGACGGAUGUAACGCAAUGAGCCCAGUAGUGAAAGACACGACGUAGCGUUGCUGUUUUUGGAUUAGGGUUAAAAACGUGCUUUCUUUUUCUUAUGCCUUUCUUGAAGGAAUAGCUCUCUUAGGGAUCGGUUCUCACGCGUAAAGGAGCGUGUUUCUCAGAAGGAUUUAUUUAUUACAAGUUACCAAUGGGGUCUCAAGGGCCAGGACGUAGAAGAACCCCCAGCAAAAAUGGGUUGACUGGUGAGGAAGAUGCCCUCAACGUAAUCGCAAAAGAGGCUGAGGCCCGUUUGGCAGCUAAGAGGGCGGCCCGUGCAGAAGCUCGUGAGAUCAGGAUGAGAGAACUGGAGAGACAACAGAAAGAGAUUUAUCAGGUGCAGAAGAAAUACUAUGGACUGGAUAACUUGGACAACAAAUGGGGGGACAUUGAGCAGUGGAUGGAGGACAGUGAGCGAUAUACACGUGUCUCACGGAGACAUGCUUCGGUGUCAGAUGAUGAAGAACAGAUGUCAGUGGGGAGCAGGAGCAACAUACGGUUGGAUUUGGAUGCGGCGGGUGCUUACGGCGUGCUUCCCCAGGCCUCCUCCUAUCAUAAGAAGUCCAAGAAAAAGAAGAAACAUUCUUCCAAAAGUAGCAAUGGCUAUGACGAUGAUCUCAGUACAGUGUCUAGUCGGAGCUCCAGACUCAGUGAUGAGAGCAAAAUCUCUCGCUCCUCUAGACUUGAUCAGCAGUCGAAAGCCUGCCAUUCAUCUGAACUGUACAGCAGCAGUAGUUAUUCCUCUAAACAUCAAGCCCCUUCCUACAAUCGCUGCCAGUCGUCUUUGCUGCACAGCAGGAAGCACAGGGGCUCUGUAUAUGAGGACAGUCUCUACAGUGGCUCUCGACGCCCCAGUGCUCGUGCUUCCUCUGAAUAUGGUGGUUUCCCGGGCUCCAGCUCUAGGACUUCGUCCAGAGCAAAUUCUGCGUGUGGAAGUCCAGUGGAGGACUGCAGCAGCUCCGUGGCUAGUUUUAUGCGCAGCUCAGCUAGUAUCAGUGGCCUCUCUAGAGACCUUGACCAUGUGGUCAUUCCUGACCUGCCAAACGUUAAUGGGAGGCUGUCAAUGGCUGAUGACAGGUUAGAGCGAGACUACUUAGAAAAGGGAUCCUCACGAGCAUCAACUAUUUCUGGCGCCACUCUAACCUCUCUAGGUGGGACGUCCUCACGGAGAGGAAGUGGAGAUACAGCCAUCACUGCUGACACAGAAGCAUCCAUAAGGGAAAUCAAGGAGAUCCAUGAGCUUAAGGAUCAGAUUCAAGAUGUGGAGGCAAAGCACAUGCAGAACCUCAAAGAGCUCAAGGAUUCCCUUUUGGAAGUGGAGGAAAAGUACCGUAAGGCCAUGGUCUCCAAUGCACAGCUGGACAAUGAGAAGACCAAUAUGAUGUAUGAAGUGGACACUUUGAAAGACUCUUUAAUGGAACUGGAGGAGAUGCUCUUUGAAACACGCCGUGAGCUUGAGGAAAAGUGUAAGGACCUUGAACGAGAGAAGCAUGCUCAUAGCAUACUGCAGUUUCAGUUCAGUGAACUGAAGGAGACGUUGAAACAGAGUGAAGAACUGCUCACUGAGAUCCGUCAAUUACGGCUCAAGCAAGACGGCAAUGUUAGGGAGAUUUCUGACCUCCAGGAAACUAUUGAGUGGAAGAAUAAAAAAAUUGGGGCAUUAGAAAGGCAGAAGGAAUUUUCUGAUGCCAUUCGAAAUGAACGGGAUGAGCUUAGAGAUGAGGUUGUUCAGCUCAAAGAUAUUUUGAAGAAACAUGGCAUUGUCCUUGGACUCGACUUGGCCACCAAUGGAGAAACAGAUGAAGUCGGAAAGGCUGAUCAGAAUUCUCAAACUGCAUCAGCUGAAAUCCGAGAGGGGAGUAGUGUACUAGGCACUCAUCAGUUGAAGGUGUGUAAAGACCAGCAACAAAAAGAUUUGGAUGAUGGGGUGCCAGGGAAUCAGCAGAUUUCAGCAGAGCUCAGUUCUACAAACGCACCUUUAGAAGCAAAUGAGAUUGGAGAUCUUGGGGAUCAAAUGAAUCAGGGUGUAGAGCAGCUUGAGAAUAGACCUAAAGAACCUCCAAGUUCUGUUGGUGAUGAUGAACUCACUGCAACAAGACCCACGGAGCAGAUCAAAUCUGAGGCACAUAUACCAGAAGAUUCAAGAGCUAAUACAGAGGAAUUAGAGUGCAUUGUUCACAAGGAUGGACAUUUGGAGACAGAUCAACAAGAGAGUGAAUGUGUCAAACUUAGUCAGGUCAUCAAAGAAGAAACUCCUUUAGAGUCUGUCUCUGGUUCUGUCCAUGAUGAACCUGAUAAACCUGGUCAACCUGUGCUUGAUGAUGAACUCAAAGAGGAGCCUGCAAAAUCAUCUCAAACAGAGAAGCUUGCCAAAACCCAAGGUGCUAGUGCUUCAAAUAAAAAGAAGAAAAGGAAAAAGAAAAACAAGCAGAAGCAAAAACAAAGUGACAAGCAAGAGAUUGACACAAAGAUAGAUGACAAGACUAAAACAGUCUGUAGUGAAGACAACCCAAACCAAAAAACAGAAGGUGAUCUAGAAGGAAACAAUCAGGAGCCCUUAGGGAAUGAUGUAUCCCAAACAACGAUGAAUACAGAUGUCCCACCUGAUGCUAAAAGAACCAGUGAAUUGGAUGGUAUCAAAACAACAAGUGCAAAUAUACAUGCUGAUGAGAUUCAAGAUAAAAUUCGGUUAGUUACAGAUGAAGCUGAUUUAGCAGGAAUUUCUAAAACAAUCUCUAAUUUUGAUUGUCCUGAAUCUAGCAAUGGUAUCAUUUCAGAUGAUCUGUCCAGCAAAGUUAUCUCUAACCCUGCAAACAUUAUUGAAAGACACACUGAGGAUUCAACAAAUCCUGACUCUGAAGCUGUAGACUUUAGCUGUGAGCUUGUAUCUUCAGAAACUGAGACUUCACUGCCUCGUGAACCUGCUGCUCAGUCCAUGGAUGCAGGUGAAGGGGGUGUUGAGUCCAUCAGCUGCUCUGAGAACAUUGAGAGAUCUUCAUCAAUAGACAUGAAGGAAGUGAAGAGUCAUCUGAACUGUGAAGUGGAAGAACAGGAGGUAAAUGUCCAGAACACUGAUAUAGAUGGGACCACUAACCCUGAAUAUCAAGAUGACUCUGCUCAUCCCUCUUCCUCUGUAAAGGAGAAGGUGGAAAAUGAAGCUGAAAGGGUAAUCCAGGAACCAUCUAUUGAUCAGCCAAUGGAAAACCAACUUCAAGACAGUAUUGGAGCAGAAUUGGAGCAGGAAGAGGUUGAGAGACGAGAUGAUCUGGAUAAAGAAAACCUUAAAGCGCCUACUGAAAAAGUGUCUGACACCCAAGAAAGUAUUGUAUCAGGAUUAGACCAGGAAGAGGUUGAGAGACAAGAUGAUCUGGAUAAAGAAAACCUUAACAUGCCUACUGAAAAAGUGUCUGAUACCCAAGAAAGUAUUGGAUCAGGAUUGGACCAGGAAGAGGUUGAGAGACGAGAUGAUCUGGAUAAAGAAAACCUGAGAGUACCUACUGAAAACAUCACUGAUGGAAGCCAUGGUGACAACACCCCUUUAAUUGAGACACAGGUUCAGGUUGUGCAUGAGGAUCACUCGUCUCCCAAUGAAGCAAUUAAGGAAUCAGUUGGAGAGUCAGAUUCUUCUGACCAAGAACCUAAGGUUGGAAAAGAUGAGGAGGAAAGAUCAAUCCAAAAUCAGCUUAAAGUGCAACUGUCUAAAGAUGGAGAAGACCUUCUGGUAAAGUCAGAUGUGGCUGCUCAAGAGCUGAUAGAAGAAGAAGAGGAAGAUGAAGGAGAAUCGUUUGAUUUUGAUGAAAUGGAUCUUGAAGCAUCAUCAGAUGCCCCUCUAAAAAACGUUCUAGAUCAGCCAACAGAAGAAGGUACUCUUUUCAAAGAUGACGUCCAAGAAGCAAAACAGGAAUUCCAAAGUAAUGUCACCAAUGAGGACCAAACUCAGAAAGAACAUCUAGAACUUGCAGAUCAGGAAUCAAAGUCUAAAGAGCAGAAAGAUGAUGGACAAGACACAGAAAACCCACAAACAACAACAGUUAUACAAGGAUGUUUAACAGAGGACAGCAAAAUCAGCAGUGAAGUCAAACCUAAUGAUCAGCAGCAUGAGACUUCUGGAAAUAAAGAUGCAUUUGAGGAGCAUCAGCAGGCAUCAGAAAAUGUGACGCUCAGUAAAGGAGUUAAUCUGAUCUCAGAGAUGGAGAAAAGAAAUGUUGGCCAAGAGAUCAAUAGUUCCAUUCAACACGGAAACAAAGUGUCAAGUAUUUCAGGAGAUCUGGAAGUUGAGAAGGAAACCACAGAAAGAAACAAGGCACAUGAAAGAAAAGAAUCUAAAAAAAGUGGAAAAGGGAAAGGGAAGGGCAAGGGGAAAGAAGAAUGUAAAAUGUCUUAAUAGACAAGGACAUUGCUGAGUCUCAUCCCAGCAUCUUCAAUGGAAAAAAGUAUUUUGCACUUAUGCUGUUCCUAAUGAAAUUAUUUUGGGACCAUUACUUCAGAGAACCCUAAAAUAACCAAACCUAUCUUACAAUCAAUCCCAGUUAUCAGUCAUUGCAUCUUUUCAGCAAACAUUUUAUACAUGUUUUACACCUGAUUAACAAUACAGACAGAACACUUGAAAUUAGUUCAAACAGUAUUUAAAAUCCCCAAACCAAUUACUUAUUAAAUGCUAUGGGUUUAAAGUGUCAUUUGUAUAAUGAAAUUUUACAUGAGCAUGAAUAAAAUGUUCCUUAUACUAUAUGAGUGAUACAACUGAUCAGCUUUCUGUCUGUGCUGCAGUCAUGUUUAGCAACUCCUUAAUUACACUGUUUUCGGUAACAAAGGACCUAUAAUGUAUUUUGUUUAAAUGGGUGUUAUGUUGUUAAAAAUGGUGGUAAAUAAAAAAUAAAAAAGUUAUUGUGUGCCAAACUUAUUAAACAAUCCUCUAAGAAUUUGACCGGAGCUUUGAAGUUAUGUUUUGAUUUUACAAUUUAUUUGUUGGAAGAUAAGUUUGGAAAAAAAAGGAAAUAUUUGAUUCUGUUAGGUGAAGAUGGUGUUGGAACAUUGAGACCGUGUUUGUUAAGUGAACCAUGUAUUUUAAAAUAAAACUUGAGCAAUUAAAAA